CCCGGUGGCUGUGGGCUGGUUUCAUCCAGGGAGUCUGCCUGGAACAAAUAAUAGUCCCCAUUAGCCGGCCUGGCCAGUGCACAGUAAACAGUGAUCUAGCAGGUGUUCCUUCCCCUAUAGGCUCUGUAUGCACAUUCAAAUCACCUCAGGGAAGAGGCAGGCUGGAGUCUGUCAGCUCUCUGCUGAUUUGCCUGGCAAAUCCUUCAGCAGCAGCAGCUGUCGUCUCCAGGAGUCACUCAGGAGCUGAAGUCACAGACAGGAUGCUUCUAUGGAGCGCCUCUCUUGCACACGCCACUUUCUGAAGUGCUGCAUGUACAUCCUCGUAUCAGGUUUAAGCGUUUGCUCCACGUUGAAGCUCACUGUGCCGGCUCCAGUCAUCCAUGGCAUCAAAGGACAGCCGAUCAUCCUUCCCGUUUCCUAUGAAGUCAACCAGUCUGCCUCCAGCGUCCAAAUCAUCUGGUUGCUGGAGCGGUCCCAGGCCCAGGCCAGGUAUCUGAUAACUUCUAUUAACCAAUUGGUGAUGCCGGAUUUAGAACUUCAACACAAGCUUACAUUAAAUCCACCCAAUGCUUCCCUGCUAAUUAAUUCACUGCAUCUAAGUGACGAGGGGACUUAUAUUGUGAAGGUGAACCUAAAGGGGAAUACGACAGUCUCAGCCACCCAGAAGAUUGACGUCACAGUGGAUGUUCCCGUAUCGAAGCCCAUCGUGCAGACGGAGCCAUCGUAUGGAGCUGUGGAACAUGUUGGAAACAUCACCUUCAAAUGUUUCGUCAUGAAAGGGACGCGAGUGAUGUACGAGUGGCUUAAAAACGGCAUUCCCCUCCAGGACAGAUCCGGGUACAUCUUCUCACCAAAUAACGCCACGUUCACCAUCGUUUCCGUCACAAAGGGCGACAUCGGCAACUACAGCUGCUUGGCCAGGAAUUUCAUCAGUGAGGUGGAGAGUGACGUGAUCACUCCGACCAUCUAUUAUGGACCUUAUGGUCUGAGAGUGAUUUCCGAUAAGGGACUUAAAGUUGGAGAGGUCUUCACUAUUGACAUCGGAGAAUCUGUUCGAUUUGAUUGCUCGGCUGACUCCAACCCACCGAACACCUGCGCCUGGAUGCAGAGGAGCAACAACUCCACCGAAAUCAUCAACUAUGGACCCUACUUCAAAUUUCUUUCCGACAAAGUCAGACAAAAGACUGUGGAUUACCUAUGCCGAGCCUACAACAACAUCACCGGCAGGGGGGAAGAGAUGCAGUUCACCGUCAUCAUUACACCCAUAGAUGCAGAAAAGCUCUCCCAGGAUACAGGCUCAUUAUCGCCACUGGCUGCCAUUACAGGAGUGUCACUAUUUAUUAUUCUGUCAAUAUGUCUACUUUUUGUAUGGAAAAAAUAUCAACUUCACAGAGCAAUUCACUGGAAGAUUCAAAGUAGAAGAAGCUCAUGUCUUCAGACAUUGCCGGACCCUGAAAGGCCUUCCACCGAGUAUAGAAGGACGCCAAUAUUUUCAGGACAUGAAGACGCUAUUAAUGAUUUUGGAAUAUACGAGUUUGUGUCUCUGCCCGAUUCCUCCAUUCACAGAGUACCCGGACAGGCAUCUAAUGUCCUGCAUCUCCAGGAUAUAAACUGCACCAUCUAUGAGGUCAUCCAACACGUCCCAGAGCAAAUUCAGAAUGAUUCACAGUCGUGAAUGAGAACAUGGACCGCGCAGUGAACGUGGUGCAAUACGUUGUAUCGUUGUAAAAAGACGGCCAUAUUGGUGACAUACCUCAGUCUGCUUCCAGUUACUGACAAUGACAUUGUAGAUGUGUCUCAGCGGAGACUGCGUUGUCCAAUAAGAACAUUGGAUUGGCAGCUGAUACGAGGAAAAGCCCCUCCUCCUCCUCCGCUGUCAUACAUCCAUGUGUUCUGAUCUGUGCUGCCACGUCUGUACAGCUUUUUGUAAGAUACCGCCAUUGUGAUUAUUGCUGCAUGUAUACUUUGUAUGAGGAAUGGACUCCGCCUGUCAUGGGGGGGGUCAGAGGAUUCCUACAGGUCCGGAUCGGAGGGAGGGCCACAUAGUCCCACAGCUAAGGUGGCAAUAUUUUUAGGGCAGCAGGGAAUUGCUUUUUGUUUUAUAAUGUUAUGACUUUUCUCUCUAUAAACCUGUAAUGAGAAACUACACAAUGGGGGGAAUUUAUCAAAACGAGAGCAGCUGUGCAUGGCAACCAAUCAGCUUCUAUUUUCAGCUUGUUCAGUCAAAACAGAACCUAAUCCAUUGAUUUAAAGUGGAACUAAACCCUCUUCACCUUUUCAGCAAAGGAGGCUGCAUCUUAGCCUCUGAUCCCCACCUGUGAUCAGUUAUGACACCAGCCAUUUUGACACACCAGCCGGUUUGACAGUUUGGUUGCGAGAACAAACAAAUGUGAUAGUUAACAUUCCCGGCAUACUGGGAACGUAAAGACCCGUACACACGAUCGGAUAUUCCGAUAACAAUUGU